UCGUUUUUUCUCUAGUGUAAACUUAAAGCGUACAAAUAUGUCUUGUUUACUGGUGUUGAUAUUUUUACCAUGAUUGAAAUACUUUUAUUUACCGGUUUGUGUUGCUGGAAAUCUGCGCAAAACGUAUAGGGUGUUGAUAGUAGCGAAAACUGUUAAUUUUUUUUUGCAGUGAAGCUGUAAGCUCUGUGUACUCCGGCGAAAAAUUUAAUAUAAAUGCAUUGACAAAAGAUGUUGGAAAUGGAUACCGUAAUUAGAGAUGAGGAUUCGAAUUACAAUAUGGCAACAUCAGCAUCCAAUAACAGUUCAGCGGUGUCCACAAUUUUACAGAUGUGUCAAUCAACCUGCACUGAUUACGUAGGGGUUCUGCCCCCACCUCACAUCGACAUGGUAAGCGUGAAUAGUGUUGAACUAAAUGCUCAAACAUCGUUAAGUGAUGACUCUGGCGUUCCACUUACGACCAACAGUUCAAUAUCAAGUGGAGAUUCAUAUCGAAUGGGAUUAUGUAAACAUGAAAUUGAUAUUGUGGAAAGUGAUGGCGAAGUCUCACAGUUUGAUUCUCUAGAUAAUUGUUCAGAGGCGGGCAUGAGCGCGGAAAAUUUUAAUACAUUAAAAAAAGGACCUUUAGCACCAAUAGAUCCUCCACUAGAGUUUCAGGACUCACCAAAUAUAACGAUUGGCCGAUGUAUUAUGCAAAAACUACGACGUUUAUCUUCUUCACACUCUUCUUUGGAACAUUCAAAAGACUCUGAACAUAAUGAAAAUAGUAUUAAUGGGGACAGAAUUUUUUGUAAGGACUCGGAUGAAGAUGUCUCGUCCCAAUAUUUAGCUAAAUCACAUAAAGAAGUUUACCUCAUAAAGAAACCCAUAUACUCAAGUGAUUCCAUUCUAAGUAAUAAAGCAGAAAAUGUGUACGACGAGCCUAGUAACCUGAUAUGUAAUUACGCUUUUAAUAAUGCUGAAACAUUUGAGUCAAAUACGUCUUCAAAUGUUCUAUUAUUACCACAAGCUUCACAUCCCCCAGAUAAAGUAAAGAGAGAUAUGUGUCCAUAUUAUCAAGAGCACUCUAUGUAUUUCAAGGCAAUACCGUCAGAUCAAGACAGUGUCAUAAGUGCUGUAAAGAAGUUCAAUACAUUUGGACUUUCUGAAAUUCAUGAUUAUGAUCUCUAUUAUGGAAUAAAGCGAAACACUUUUCAAGGUGAAAACAGUUUACAAAAAAAGGUCCUAUACAGUCCUCGUAAAGUAACAAAUUAUUGCCAUAGUCAUCAUAUAUAUACAGGUCCAAAUGGAUGUACCAAUCGACCGAAUUCUCGUAAUUCUUUGAACAGUCGUCUUUCUAGUUCACAUAAUUCAUUAAGCACUUCAUCUGCAAAUAAACCGGACGAUUCGAUAUUCAUUACUCAAGCAAUGUCCCACGAUGCAUUACUUACUCGUGAAAUAUCUGAUUUUUAUAACGUGCCUAUAGAUUCAGAUAUAUACGCUCUACCAAUAGAUAUGAUAAAAACAGAUAAAAGUAGCUUAGUUGAGUACAAAGACGAUAAGCUUACGGAUUAUAGGAAAAUAAAUCAUUUAAUUUUAACCGAGGAAAACUAUUGUAAACAUUCUAAAUUAAGUCGUAAAAAUAAUAGAAAUAAACGAAAAAAACGCAACAGUGACACUUACGAAAAUGAUAUAAAAUAUGAUAAUUACAAGUUCACUUCAAAUGCAUUCAAAUUGAAAAAUAAGAAGACAACUAUUUUGAACGAAACCGAGGAUUAUGGCUCUCACAUAACUUCUAAUACUCAAUUAGAUUUGAAUGAACCUCAAGAACGACUCCACAUGACUUUGAGUGAAGUAAAAAAAUAUUAUCAAACAAUUUAUACUAAAACAAAAAACCGAACGAAUAUAAAUAAUGAAUCUGAUAAAACGGCUUUCAAAAAACAAUCUGAAUACACGAAAGGUAAUGAUUCAUCACCACGUUCCCGAACUAAUCUUUGCUCUAUCGGAGAAAACGUUUCUACAGAAUGUAAAGUAACCACCAGAACUUUCAAAAGCUAUAACGAAAAUAAUGACAAAAUAAACAACAAUAACAUAAAUAACAUCGUGCUAGCCAAUAAUUAUAGUAUUACCGAAAACCAAAUGAUAAAAGUUGAUGAUGCGGAUUUAUCUCCUCAAGUCAUAAGAAGCGAGAAGAAAACACAAUUUUCACUAAAUUUGAAACAAAAGUUUUGUAAUAUAUUUCGUAUUCGACGGACACAACCACAAUGUCAAACAAACCUGCCCGGCACAGAACAAAAUAACAGUAAUCGGGAACGUAAGAGCACUGUAGAGAAGCACAAAAAAGUUCAAUCAAGAGCAUUGCCUCCAUUACCCAAGAAGACUGAGUCUUAUAUAGAGCAAUGCAAAGGAAAUUCUACAAAGAAGGAGGAAGCAAGGUCUCUUCAAUUUACUUCUAGCAUUGAAAAAGUUAAGGAUUAUGGAUGGUAUUGGGGUCCAUUGUCAAGUGAGGCAGCUGAGAAAGUCCUCUCAACUGAAUCAGAUGGAAGUUUCAUUGUACGCGACAGUUCUGACGAUCACUACAUCUUUUCUCUUAGUUUUAAACUAAAUAAUAGUGUUCGUCAUGUUCGAAUAGAACAGGAUCAAGGGACGUUUUCAUUUGGUUCAUAUGCAAAAUUCAAAUCGCAGACGAUCACAGAAUUCAUCGAAAAAGCAGUUGAUCAUUCAAGAAGUGGAAGGUAUCUAUUUUUCCUUCAUAGACGACCAGAGCAUGGCCCAAUGAGAGUGCAGCUAACAAACCCAGUUUCAAGAUUUAAGCACGUCCAAAGUUUACAGCAUAUGUGCAGAUUUGUGAUCUUAAAAACAGUUAUACGUAAAGACUUGAUACAAACGCUGCCGUUACCGCGAAGGCUUUUAGACUAUCUUAAUUAUAGGCAUUGCUUCUCUGAACAAAUUGAACUGGAUAGUUCACACGCUCAGAUACAUGGAUGAUCGAAAAUGGAAUAGACCUAUCACAAAUACAAAAAUAAAAAGCAUUAACAAUUUUAUGCACCAGAAAAAGAGUAAAACGUUAAAAGAAGUUCGUCGUUAUAUAUAUUUUAUUUAUUGUUUGUUGUUGUGUAAGGGUAUAUUUUAUAUUAAAUUUGCUAAUAUGGGUUAGUUCACACGCUCAGGUAAAUAUUUAGUCGCAGGCACUGAAGAUCCAAAUGGCUCAAACCCUAGCAGGAAUAUUAGGAAGACCGCGAAACAAGUAAUGAAAACUCUUCAAACAAACUUCGACAGAGUUUAUUGAUAUUUUUGAAAAGAAAAAAUAAGUAAAAUAAAAUAAAAAAAAAUAAUAAUAUUUUAAACAUCAGCUACAUUUUGUUAAAUUGCUUUGGUCAAGUAUAGGCUCAACAAAUUAAAAUAAGAUAGUUAUACAAAGGCAUAAACGUAAAUAUUUUGUUAUUUUUAAUAAAAUAUUAUUUAAAUUUUUAACAGAUACAUGGAUGAUCGAAAAUGGAAUAGACCUAUCACAAAUACAAAAAUAAAAAGCAUUAACAAUUUUAUGCACCAGAAAAAGAGUAAAAAGUUAAAAGAAGUUCGUCGUUAUAUAUAUUUUAUUUAUUGUUUGUUGUUGUGUAAGGGUAUAUUUUAUAUUAAAUUUGUUAAUAUGGGUUAACGAAUCUUAGUCUGUAUCUGAAGUAAUUUGUUUCUCUUGAAUUUCGAUAUGUAUCUGUAUACACUUAUUUAUUGCAGAAGACUUGAAAUACAAUAUAAAAACAAUUUUUGUUAAUUAUUUUUAAUAAGGUGUUAUACAAUAAUUGGUUAAUUACUGUCCAUUAUUCACCCUUGUAAAAUAAUAUUUUUGGAGUCCGACCGAUUAAUCGCACUUGGCAUCGGCAUCGGUCAUAUCUGGUCGAUUCUUUCUACUUCUUUUGAAUUACAAUUACAUGAUUUUUUUUUCUUAAAAGCCUAAAAUAUUAUAUCUUCUGUUCACCUUAUAAAACACAGUUUGAUUCAUAUUUGCCUAAAUGAGGAUGAUUAUAUUAAGUCUAGUAUAAAGAACUUCAUUAUUUUUGUUUUAAAUUUAUUAUUACAUUGUUGAGAUUUUGAAGAUAAUUGCAUAAUGUCACUCGCUAUAGACAGGUAAUAAUCAUUUGGUGCUGGUCUGGACUAUGAGGUGAUGUAUAAGAUCCUCCAAAAAAAUUUGUUUCUGUCCUUAAAGGAAAUAAAUAUUGUCUAAAAACUAAAAAGCAUGAUUUUAAACCACAUUUGAUCACUAAAACGAAAAAUAAUUCUUAAUAUAUGCUGACAAAAUAAUUAUGGAAACAUAUUAGUAUUUUAUGUUAAAAAUCGUGAGUUGCUCAAUAUGAGAAAAAUAUAAUACAAAGCAUGGCUCUCAUACGAAUUUAUAUAAAACAUCAUCGACCGAAUUUCCAUCUGCGAAUCGCAACAAAACCAAUCAUACAGAGAAUAAUUAAUUUUGAGCUACCCCGGCCAACCUUAAAUCGAACCGAUAAUGUCAACAAUGGGACCGUCUGAAUGAAGAAAUUUCCCAGCAGCGGUCAGCCAAUAGGAUAAGAGUUGUUCCAUCAUGACAACGACAUGCCUGAGGACAUUAGGAAAUUCUUCAACUUUUGAUUUUUAACAUCAUCGUAAGAAAUAAUUGGUGAGCGGCUCAAAUAUGCGAGGAACGCAUGGAGAUAGGAUGGAUUUUCAAUGUAAAAUUGAAAUUUUGUCAUCCUCCCAAGAAAAUUCGCUAUAUCAUCAUACUGGCGCGCAGAAAAAAGAGUGCGACGCUGAAUUGCGAAUAUACGCAUUUGCCGUCAGUAGUCGGUUGUAUAGGAAAUAUUUGGAUUUCAAACCAGUAGAAACGUUCACGCGUAUAUUCAUAUACGUAAGGUAUACAUUUAAUUAUAUUAAAAAAGUGUUAGUUUACUCAUCCGCGAGAGUAAUGCUAUGAAUCACCGGCAAAGUCUGUCGGAAAUCACCAUGGAGUAACAAAACCGCACCACCGAAAAUUCAAAACUUACACAAUUCGAUAAAUUUCCUACACUAUAAUUAUUACACUUUUUUAUAUGAUAUGCAAAAUCUGAGUGUAGCUCUUUUAUGCCAUUUCAAAUUUAAUGUUUCUGAAGUAACCUUUGUAUGGGGGUGGAUGUUGUUAUAAUCCAAUCUCACCCAUUUUCAUGCUGCAUAAUGAAGAUGUCGCAAGUAUAUGAAAAUUGUGUCAUGACGACAAGUAACUCUCUGAAGAAGAACGAGAAAACGCGGAAGGAAUCUUUCUGAAUAUAAUUUGAUAGCUCCUUAUCGAAUGAUAAUCUGGGUCCGUUUGGAUUCCGCUUAUCAAAUACGUUACCCUUAAAGCAAUUUUAAUAUUCCUGAUGAAAUUCUCAUUCGAUUUUUUCCGAUAAUUUGUUUUAAAAAUGAGGAUUAACAAAACGUAAGACCAAUCCUUAUGUGAUUGUGAUUUUCAUUUACAAUAUAUUAAUCGGGCACCAAUAACCAAGAUAUUGUAAACAACUUUGUAGAAACAGUGUUGCAGGCGGUCCACCGCUCAUCUGAAAAUAUUGAAAUCGACUACAACAUUUCUAGGCCUCAGAUACAGAACAUAAGGACCUCAGACCACCUGCAUUACAUUAGCUUCAAUAAAGCUAACUGGGCCGGCUACACAGAAUUCACUCAAUGCCUUUACCGCACGCACCAUUCCUACGGACAUAAUCGUUGGCGAGUGUAAAUUUAGCAAGGUGAUCACCGCAGCUACCUCUUUGUGAAUAUUCCAAUUUCCAGGACGAAUUUGCAGUUUUUAUGUAUGCAAUAGCGAACUUUUUUCUUGGUAGAUGCAUGUCUCUUAGCAAACACUAGAACCCUAAAUUGUGAUCCGUAUUUUCUUCCAAAUAAUGGGACGAAGUUAACAAAAAAUGAAUUAAGAUUAAAUAUUUAAAUGUUUACUAUAUACAAUCGCUUUAUUCAGUUUAUACAUAGUGGAUUCAACAUAUUAUUGUUUAUUAUUAUUGCUGAUAUUCGCAAAGUAGAUAGAUAAAAAACUGGAUCAUCACGCUUACGUUGUUUAUGUAAAAGAAGUAUGUAGCAACGCCAACAAUGCAUCUUUUCAGUUCAUACUGCCAGGUAAACUUCCAAAACCACCACAGUAGCCGAAUUUGUUAACCCGAACACGACUGCAUUGAGAUUAUAUUCUUUCAUUAAGUGGACCAAGGUCCUCAAAUAGCAGAAUACAUCGUCUCGUAUUAUCUUUUUUUUUGUGGUUUCCGCAAUCUACUAAAGAAUCUUCUUCAUCGGAUCGGUUACAUAUGAUGUACAUUGACAAAAUUGUAUUUAUGUAUUCGAAUAGUUACACACAAUAUUUAUAUCCUUAAUUCCUUAAUAAAUUUCUCUGUAGAAUGUAACAUCAACUCUAUGAAUAAGUAGAAACCAUAUAUUUAAUAGAAAAAUUAAUAGCUUGUCGG